UCUGUAUCGACCAAAUUCAAGGAAGCCCAGCUAUUAUUACCGCCGCGGUUGGCAGCGGCGGCCGGCGGCGUUGAGCGCGCGCCAGGCCCGCGAACCCGCGGCCGCGCGCGGGCGCGCCAGUGUCGGGCGGGAUGGAGCCGCGAGAGGUGGAAGGUCUGCUGCUGGGGCACCUGGCGCGCCGCGGCCUGGCGUGCGAGGACCGCUGCUGGGCCGUGCGCGCCUCCGAGCUGGGUGGUCGCGGUCUGGCGGCGCGGCGGCCGAUCGCGCGCGGCCAGCUGGUCUACGCGGACCGCGCGCUGCUGCUGGGGCCGCGCGGCCGCGACGGGCAGCCGCCGAUGUGCGCGGUGUGCGCGCGCGAGCGCUGUCCGCUGGUCGGCUGCGACGGCGGCUGCGGACUGCCCGUCUGCUCGGCCGCGUGCGCGGAGAGCACCGACCACCAGGCCGAGUGCGUCUUCCUGCGGAGGCUGCGCCCGCUGUGCGCGCCCGGCUGGUGCCCCGAACUGCUGCGGGCGCUGGCGGCCGUGCGCGCCCUCUUCCUCUGCCCGGCCGAUCGCCAACUGCUGGGCGCGCUCCAGGCCCACGAGGCGGCCCGGCACAGCCGGGAGGUGGACCUGCUGGCGCGCAGCCUGGCCGGCGGCCUGGACGUCGAGGACGAGCGGCUGAUGCGGCGCGCCUGCCGGGCCAUGGACACCAACGCCUUCGAGGCGGCGGCGGCGGCCGCCUCGGACGCAGGGCCCGGCGUCGUCGCCUCCACGGGCCUGCGCGCGCUGUUCCCGUUGGGCGCGCUCACCAACCACCGCUGCGUGCCCAAUACGCGCCACCUGCUGAACGGCCGCGGUGACCUGCAGGUCUACGCCGUCGCGGAGAUCGCCGAGGGCCAGGAGAUCAGCAUGAGCUACGCCGACCUGCUCUGGGACACCACGCUGCGCCGGCAGUUCCUGCGAGCGACCAAACAUUUCUGCUGCGACUGCCCGCGCUGCUCCGACCCCACGGAGCACGGCUCGCUACUGGCGGCUCUGAGGUGCGCCGACGGUGCCUGCGCGGGCCUGCUGCUACCCGACCGGCCGUUGAGUUUCGAUUCUCCUUGGACCUGUGGCCGCUGCCGGCUCGUCAUCAGCAGUAAGCAGAUCGCAGCAAUUCGAGCUGGCAUCGCGAGCGCUAUCGCCGAAAUGUCUGGUCAGAGUCCACGCAAAGCCCUGAAAUUCUUACAACGGCAGCUGGCUGUGCUGGUUCCAGAAACCAAUUACGUCAUGAUGGGCAUGAUGUUUCAAAUCCUUUCGCUCUUUGGGCGCGUCGACGGAUUAACCUGGAAGGAUUUGACCGACAACGAAUUGGAUACCAAAAUUGACUACUGUCACAAACUGAUCGCUUGCUUGGAUAGCUUAAAUUGUGGCGAUUGCACGAAAAAAGGACUUGUACUCUAUGAAUUGUAUGUAGCAAAUGCCGAAAAGCUUAAGCGUCUUGGCUCGUGUCCAGAAAGUCCCACGUCCGGUCGUCAGAGUCAGCUCUCUUCUACUUUAAACGAGCACAAUUUAACGGAAGCCUUAAUAAUUUUAAAGGACGACAUCGUGGCGCCCAGUGACUAUCGUCAAAUUUACGCAUCGGUAAAUCAGUCUUUAAAAACAACGUCAAUAUCAAAAGCAUAA